AAUAAACUAAUCAAAUUUCAUGAAUCUUAAAUCAGAAUUUCAGCGGUGAACAUUGACUGCAAACCAUGGCUUAUGGCAACGUUCGAUUUAGUUCGAAUCAGAGACCUGUAACAGUUCAGUCCAUCGUAGAAAGUUUGAUGAUAAUUCGAAGAAAUGUGGCGAAUGCACGGUUUUAAUGAUAUAAAAUUGCUCAGCCUUUAUGGUGACUGACGGCAUUUCAUUUAACACGCGGAGAUGGGUUCAGAGGACAUCAAGCUGUUGAUAUGUGGCAGCGGUAAUGGAGCGCACGCAUUUGCCGGCAUAGCGUCCUCUUUGCAGGGAACUGAAGUUCGUGUGCUUAGCCUGUAUCAAGAUGAAGCAGAACGUUGGAAUACUAACAUGCAAAUCAAGGAUCUUGAAGUUGUCUUGCAUCGGAAGGGACAAGAUACAACAUCUGUUACAUCGAAACCUUCGAUGGUAACUAAAAACGCUCGGGAUGCCAUGCGGGAUGUGGAUAUUGUCGUUUUCGUACUUCCAGCGUUUGCGCAUCAAGUCUUCCUGGAUGCCUUAAAACCCUAUAUAAAACCUGGCACAGUACUUGUUGGUAUGCCGGGAGAGCCAGGUUUUGAAUUCCAAGUUCGUCACGUGCUGGGCGAGACAGGACGGCGGUGCACUGUAAUGAAUUUUGAAUCUUUACCAUGGGCAUGCCGCAUUACUGAGUUUGGCGCUAAAUGCGAAGUUCUUGGUACCAAGGAGACUCUUCUAGGAGCCGUGAAGGAAGGAGAGGGUUUGACAGCCAAGAAGGAUCCGGUAUCAACAUUGCAAUAUCUCCUGGGACCUCUCCCUAAACUGAUCGUUUCGGGUCACCUUUUGGGUGUUCAGUUAAUGAGUGUUAAUGCCUAUUUGCACACUUCAAUAACUUAUGGUCAGUGGGAGGGGUGGGACGGAAAGCCACUGGCUGAAGCACCUUUGUUCUACAAUGGCUUGACCAAGUCAGCAGCAAGUAUUAUCUCCAGUGUCUCUGAUGAGGUUGUGAAUAUUGCUAAGGGUUUUGGAGAGAAAACAGGAGCAGAUAUGUCUAACGUGGAGCACAUUUACAAUUGGUACAUGAGAUGUUAUCCACAAGACAUCUCUGACAAGACCAAUCUCUACACAGCAAUACAAACUAAUGCUGCCUACCAAGGGUUGAAACAUCCCGUAAAGAAAACUGAGGAUGGAAAAUUCCUUCCAGAUUUCUCCCAUCGUUACAUGACGGAGGAUAUACCGUUUGGCUUGGUUGUCAUCCGAGGUAUUGCUGAAAUCAUGGGUAUCGAGACACCGAAUAUCGACAAGGUACUUACAUGGAGUCAGCAGCAAAUGGGAAAGGAAUAUCUGGUGGACAAAAAGUUGCAAGGGAAAGAUAUCAGCACUUCAAGGGCACCACAGAGCUAUGGGUUCACUACCAUUGAAUCCAUCCUGUAAACCUGCUUCUUGAUAUUGUUACCUUAG